GAUCCGUUGUCGUAUUGAGAACCUAAUGCGUUCAUAUAAAAGCAAGCGCUAGGUGAACCUUGCAAUCAUUCUAUUACAACAUUCGAAAGAAGUGGACAAUUAGAAAUAAAAAAAUAACAAUGAAAUUGCCAAUUGUUUUGCUAGCAAUUGUGGGACUGAGUCUGGUCUCCGCCUCAAAAUCCCCCGAAGAAGUCCAGGCCGAAGUCAUGGCCUAUGUUCAGACACAAGUCUCUUCGUUGCUGAGAUCGCCAGCCAUUGCUCGAGCUGGUGGUGGUUUGGCCUGUUACGAUAAAUAUAUUCCCCUGAUAACCGCUGCCACCGAGGAUUCCAAAAGUGACACAGCAUCGUGUGUGAAUAGAGCUGCAUCACGUCGUGAGGAUGAACUGAAUAAGGUUAAGGCCCAACGGGAAGCACUGGAUCAACAAGUAAAGACGGUACAGGAUACAUUGGCUUCGUGUGUCAAACAGGACGAUGUUCUAGGUUUUCUAACAUGCUUUAGGGACAAUUCUCAAGUUCUACAAAGUACCGUCACCCAGGUCAGUUUGACAUCCACUUCAUUGGCCAACGGUUUAUCGGCUGCUUACGUUAGCAUUAACACUUCCGAAGAUUCGUGCAUACAAACGGUAUUGGACAAGGUUAAGGCCGAUACUGAUGCCUUGACAGUGGCCUUACAAAAUUGCUUGAAAAACGGAUUUGAUGAUGGUCAGCCGGAGACUAGUAGUCCACCCUCAGAUUCGUCGUCUUCUUCUCCGGUAGAACCCCAAACCACCGUACCAAGUAAUUUCAAUAUGCCCAAUGAUGAGCUGUUACCCGAAGAAAAUCUUUAAAUCUAUUUCAUGCUUAACAUGAAGUGUUUUAUCAAAUUACAAACAAAUUUAAACAAUAAAUAUUAAAUACAUAU